CUCUCCAAGAUGCGAAACGACGCGUUUUGUCUCCACUAAAACGGUGUCGUUAGUAGCUGCGUAGUCCCCAAGUUAACCCUCUUGCUUCGUCUACAAAUGGGAAACGGAGCCAGUGGCUGUUGCGUGGCCGGAGACACUUCCACGCGAUGCGGCGUCGAACUCUUUCACGACAACCUCGGCCACUCUUUCAGCUAUGUCCGGCCAGUCCUCGACGGAUCAAGACCUUCUUUCACGCAGGAACCGUCUCUCCAACCCGACCCGAUCCCCGGAACCACGACCACUUUCCGUUCAAUCUCCGGCGCGUCCGUUAGCGCCAAUAAUUCAACGUCUCUCUCUGACUCUCUCUCAACGGACGUGUCGUUAAAGGCCUCCGGGUUUGAGAGCUCUAAUAAGUUCGCUUCAUUUCCCCUCAAGCCCGUGCCGCGUGGUCCGACGAAGAAGCAGAGUCACGUGUCCGGUCCGUUCGAGCGACGGUUUUUAUCCGGUCCGAUCGAAACCGGUUUGGUUAAGAAGAAAAAGAAGACCAAAUCAUUUUCUAAACCUAAACCGAACAAGAGACUUGCCACAUUCAAAACCAUUUUCACAAACUUGAUAUCUAACAAUCAAUCUCGCUCGAAGAAGAGCUUGAUCGAGCCAAUCAACAGUUUCAAUUCAUCAACUUCGGAUCAUCAUAGACCUGAGAUCAAUAACUCAAGUACAAGCACGACUCUGAGCAGCCAAGAGAGCCCUAGAACCAAAGAAGGAGAAGACUCUGAAGAAGAAGAUGAUGAAGAAGAAGAGGGGAAGAGUGAGUCUUCUCUAGAGGAGCCAAAGAUUCAAUGGGCGGAGGGUAAAGCAGGGGAAGACAGAGUACACGUCAUCCUCUCUGAAGAAAACGGUUGGCUUUUCGUGGGAAUUUACGACGGAUUCAACGGUCCAGAUCCACCGGAUUAUCUACUCAACAAUCUCUACACCGCCGUGCUCAAAGAGCUCAAAGGGUUGCUAUGGGACGACGAAGACAACUCCGAUGAUAUCGCAUCAUGUAGCGAAGACGGUCAGUCCCAGUCCCAGAUCAAGAAACAGAGUACACUGGAAGGAGGCACUGUUGCUUGUGACACAAGAAAAAUAGUUUCUUGUGACUCAAGAAACAUUAUUGAGGAUGUGAAGAAGCUGCAAUGGAGAUACGCUUCGAAACAGAAUUGUACAGAAUCUGACUCGGAGAUGAUUAACCACAAAGACGUGCUGAAAGCACUUGAACAAGCGUUGAUGAAAACAGAGGAAGCGUUUGAUCAAACGGUUGAUGAGAAUCCAGUACUAGCCUUGAUGGGAUCCUGCGUUCUCGUGACGUUAAUGAAAGGUGAAGACGUUUACGUGAUGAGCGUCGGAGAUAGCCGAGCGGUUUUGGCUCAAAGAUCUUAUCUCGGGCGUAAGAAGAUGCCAAAUGAUCUUCAGAGAAUCAAGGAAGAGAGUCCGCUAAAGACUUGUUUGGUCAGAGAAAAAAGAGUUAGUCUUCUGGUUCCUGUUCAGCUCAAUAUGGAACACAGCACAAACGUUCAAGAGGAAGUGAGAAGAAUCAGGAAUGAACAUUCUGAUGAUCCAUUGGCGAUAGAGAGUGGUAGAGUGAAAGGUUAUCUCAAGGUCACUCGUGCAUUUGGCGCUGGAUUUCUCAAACAACCGAAAUGGAACAAGGCGGUUCUAGAGAUGUUCAGAAUAAACUACGUUGGAUCAUCGCCGUACAUCACGUGCUCUCCGUCGCUUCACCACCACAGACUCACGCCGCAUGAUAAGUUCCUUAUCCUCUCAUCUGAUGGAUUGUACGAAUACUUCUCGAGUGAGGAAGUCAUCUUCGAGGUCGAGUCUUUCAUCUCAGCCUUCCCUGAAGGCGAUCCUGCUCAGCAUCUCAUCCAAGAAGUCCUCCUUCGAGCUGCCAAAAAAUAUGGUAUGGACUUCCACGAAUUGUUGGAGAUACCCCAAGGAGAUCGUCGCAGGUACCAUGACGAUGUUUCUGUCAUUGUGAUUUCACUCGAAGGAAGAAUUUGGAAAUCUUCCAUGUGAAUAAAAAACCGUGUGUGAUCCACAUAGUUUUUGUUAUGUAUCUAUUUCUCGCAUACUCAAUAUGCUGUGUUUUUCAUAACCAAAAUUUUAGUUUAGUAAAUAUGAUAUAUAAUGCAAGAAGAGAAUGACCAUUUUAGUUUGGCAUAAUAUAUAGUUAGACGGUAUGUAUCUUCUUGUAUUGGUCAGUUAACUAUAUCUGGUAAGGAGAAACAACA